GAAAAUUAAAUCUUAAUAAAAAUAUUAGGAAUAUUCUAAAGCGAACACUCGUCUAUAUAUUUGACCUCAAUUAUAAAAAGAUUUUCGUAUUUGGAAAACUUACUUAAUAUCGGUCUUAUCCCUUAGUCUAGAAUUUCUAUUUGGCCCCGCCCCUGGCUGCCUUUAUUUUCAAAAGCUCCACCCCUACAAUGGGGGGUGAAGACACAUAUCAACGCAAUCGCUCGGAGCGUCAACAUACAAUAAACUUUGGGCUCCUGCUGUUAGGGUCAAUUUUCAAUUGGGGCCGACCUACGGGAAUCUAACGCACACUAACACAGAUGUGGGAUAAGUGCCCACCCCUUGUGGUAUAAAAUUAUUAUAAGCGGUCCACGCAGAUUCAGUCGAGGUUCUAUUUUGGUCGGCCUAUAAUCGUGGAGCAGUGUUUGAUAAAAAUGUCCGCGACAAGAACUCAACUUGCUGACUCCUCUACUUCUCCACCAUUAAGUGAUAAUCGUCGCUUGGACUACUCCGGCUUGAAAUUCGCGUAUGGUGACGCGUCAGAUGAUGAGGGCUCGUCGUUGACUGCGGAGCUGCCAUCCUGCGUGUAUGCUGCCGCCAGGAGCCGGCUCCAGCUGCCGUUGGCGGCUUACGUCCAUCAGCACACCAGGCAGCUACACCCAGACGUGUUGCUCGAGACUACAGCAGAGCCCGAGUACCAGUGCGGCGGCUCCCCGUACCGCGUGCAGCGCGCCGCCGCCAACGUGCGCGAGCGCAGACGCAUGCUGAGGUCCGGACCCAAUGGCAGUAUAAACUCGGCGUUCGAUGAGCUGCGCGUUCACGUGCCGACGUUCCCCUACGAGAAGAGGCUCAGCAAGAUCGAUACGCUGAGACUUGCGAUUGCUUACAUAGCUUUGCUUCGAGAGGUUUUGGACGCCGACUACGACCCGCUGACUUACGUUGAAAAAUGUCUCCGUGGAGAGAUAAAAGCUGAUCGUGCACAUUGGAAUACUAGUGACUUGACUGCCCGGCUGUCGUGGAUCAACUGGGAGAAUCUGGGUGUGAACCCACAGCGCCGCAGCGUCCUCACCUCACUGGCUCUCAGCUCUGACAACCUUUCUUACGGCCACAACUGAACGGAUAGUAACAAGACAUUCAGCCUUUCAGACAAGUCCUUUAAGUGACAAAAUCCGUAUAGAACACGUAGUUUAAGGGUAGCAAACUAGCAACAGAUUCUUGUUAUGACUUUAAUAACAAGGACUCUGAUUAAUUUUAAAUUAUCUGGCUAAUAUUAUAAACCAAGUGAUUUAAACACUGCCGUGAAAUAGUAAUGUAUUUGAGCGUUUAAUUUUGUAGGAAUUAAGAGGAAAGAAGCUGGGGAAUACAAUCUUCUUUUGAUAUGGUCAUUAACAGGAGUUGGUCAAUAUCUUUGAUCAGAUUUUCAGCAAAACUGGCACACAACUGCAACAAAAUGUUGUUGUGCUUUAAGGCAUCGCUAUGGUUACAAAAUAGGCUUGGCAAUUAUCUAUUAUUGUGAGAACAUAGCUAAAAAUACUAAAACUUUAUUAAUCAGAUUUUUUGCCGACUUAUGUUUAGGUACUGAACGUAAGUUUUAAGAUCUGAUUCAAUAAGUAGGUAAGAAGCAAGAAAAGUUUUGAUUGUAUUUGAAAUAUGAAGCAAAUAUCUGUUUAGUUACGUAACUUACAUAUUAGAUGUAAUCGUACAGAGAAAAUGCCUUGUAACAGUAAGUACCUAUCAAACAAAAGCACAAGAAUUUAAAGGAACAAAAGAAACAAAAACAUUCGGACUUCAAACGGACUCUGAUAUAAGACCUUCCGCUUAAGCAACACUACCCUUAAAUAAUGAAACUAAGCAAGCGAAAUGUAAUAAACGAUCUCGUUAGUAACCCUGUUUAAAGCUUAGAGACGGAAGACAUAGUACCUUAGUCAAAAAUAUAUAAUUUCUUGCGUCGUACGUUCAAUUCACCCACCUAAGUCGCUUUUGGCUCUCCUCGUUAUUACCAAAUAACCACGUAGUUUUUAGCUAUUAUGACCACUUUUAAGCAUUAACUUUAUUCAUGCACAUCUUUUUAAAACUUUUACUUAAAGCCGUACUGUAGUAAGUAGAUACCUAGAUUUUCAAUCAUUAUAAUUCUAUGCAAUUUUGAACAAGAUUUUCACGAUCGUUCUUAAUAGUGUCAAAAGUUAGUAUCUAGAUACUUGUUACUCUGAUCCUCUUUCUAGAAAUGAACAUAAAGUACAAAAUAACCAAACUUAAGGUUCAGUAGUGAGAAGAAACAAAAAUUUAAGUACCUUUUAUGUUUAAAUUACCUGCUGAAAUCGCGCAGAGUUAUUGUAGAAACAAGAAGAACGAGCUUCAGGUACGUCAGCCACGUAGAUACUUACCAAGUUGAGAAAAAAUAAUAACGAAUAAAAUCAAACGGAAUUUAUUAAUAAUAUUUAAUAGUAGUAGGAUAUUUUUAGAAAGUUAUCGCUAGUUUAGAUACUUUCUUAGCCAUUUUAUCGAACAUUCGUAAUAUUGAACAAAUGUUACUACUGCAAUAAAUUAAAAACACCUCUUUAGCGGUUAUGUCUAGUGACACAAUAUUAUAAUUAGGAAGCAAUCGGUGAUAUUUUGAAAUAUUAACGACAUUCAUGUCCGAAUGUAGCUAAGUAAAAAAAAACAAAAAUAUCGAAUUAACUGUCUUAGAUUUUAGCUGGUAUAUUUAAAAAUACGUAAACUUAAACCAAAGUUUUUCCAAACACUGAAUGAUAAAUAAUCUGUAGACAGUAUGAAGUAUAAUGAAAAUCAAUUACAAUAAGUAGUUUUAAAUGUUUCAAAAGACAAGUUUACUAGACGCACACGUACGUUUUAUAAAUAAUUGCAACUAUAAUCUAUUUUUUUAGGUUAUUCAAGUAUGUAUUUACACUAUUUACGCACACAUAUAUUUAAUCCGUAAACACUCCUUACAUAGCAUUUGUCAUA